AUGGCCCUGCUUAGUUUGGUCAAGGUCUUCAUCAGCUACCCCUUGAACAUUUGGCCGGUGCUGGUGGAAGCUGAAACCCGCAUGGCGCGCUGGCUGUCCGCGGGCGAGGAGGCGGACGAGAAUCAAGACGCGGACGACGUGGACCAGACACGCCCGUUAUUGGACGAGCAGAUAACUACCGGAGGAGCUACCAGUGGGAUGAAGAACAAG